UUUUCCUGCUCUGACACUCCACUACCUACGGGAAGUAAGCAGUAGUAGUGCCGAACUAGAGGGGAUGGAGUAAAAGCAAAUAAACAUGGAUCCCGCAGAAGAAAAGACGAGCAAAGCGGUCGAUAUCUACCGCGACACAUGGGUCCGCUUCCUCGGUUAUGCCAAUGAGGUUGGGGAGGCCUUUCGGGCCCUGGUGCCAGUGAGUGUGGUGCGGGGCACCUAUGCUGUGGCCACUGUGUACGUUACUGCUGAUGCUGUGGACAAAGGGAAGAAAGCAGCUCUGGCCCACGGGGAGAACCCAGGGAAGACGACACGGAUAGCCGCAGCGGUGGUGGACACGUUUGUGUGGCAGGCCCUCGCCUCUGUGAUCAUCCCGGGCUUCACCAUUAACCGCGUGUGUGCCACGUCGCUCUACGUGCUGGGCAGAACCACCAAGUUGCCUCUGUCAGUCCGCAAGUGGACCACCACAGCUAUCGGCCUCUCCACCAUCCCCUUCAUCAUCACUCCCAUAGACAGGUCAGUGGAUUUCCUGCUGGAUGCCAGCCUCCGGAAAGUCUACAAUGCGGGAGAGAAACACGAAUGAGGAAGGAACCUCGCUGGAGACACUGUCCCCUUCCUGAGCGGAGACCGGUCCAGUGUUCACACAGACCUGUUCUGAUUAUCCACCGCUGUGAAGAUGUGUACAGAAGGAUUUCAUGGAGGGAGAUUUCACAGUUAGUCAAAGACAUAAAAUAAAUAUAUUUCUGAAUUAUAUUAAAAAAGUUGUAGCAGUUUAGUUGUUAAAAGUGAAAUCCUGCUUUGUGAAAUGUCCUUCAAGGGAUCCUUAACUUCAACCUCUCAGGGCAAUCUGGGUAGCAACACCUAAAAAAAGUUUUAAAAGGAAUGUACAAAUAAAAAAAUGAAUUAUUAUUCUGCUUGACAGAGGAAAGAGAGGAACUGCUUAUAUGAACAUUCUUCAGCAGUGUUACAGUGUACCGUUAUAUUCCUAUCAUCGUGAAAACUGCCUCCGGGGUUGCCCUCAGCUGUUUCUCUGCCUGGCAGAGCCUCACCUCAUGAGAUUAAUUACAAACCAGCCAUAUUCAGUGAUACUGUAAACAACCGGCCAAACAGCCAGUUAGCAAUGAUGUCCCUCUAUAUCCUCUCCCAGUAUAACCUUGUCACAGUUUAUUUUUCUUCUUUGUGUUUUUUGGAAUUGUUGUUUUUCCGAUGCACUUUUCCAUUGUUUGAUUCUACCACAUUGUUGGUCACAGGAGCCAAGAUUUGCACUGGGAACAUUGUUUUACACCAUGAUUACGGUCCAUAUGAUUCUAUAUAUAGUAGAAUAGUGCAAUAUAUGGUUAUAUUAAGGUAAGAAUACUUACCAUCAGGUAGUAAUGAUGAAACCAUUCAUUUAGAAAGUUUGUUAUCGGAUUCUCCUGGUGUAUUGAUACUGUGACAUGUUAUUGUGUGAAAACAGUAGUAAUCACAGAUUGGUUUAUGUUAGAUUUACUCUGACAUGCACCAUGACACAGUUUGGGCCAGCUGGCUGCAGAUUAUUGUUAGACAAUAUGGUGUUGAGUACACAGUUGGGAUUAAUUACAUCAGAGAAAAAGAUUAAAUCUAGGGUUGGUAAUUCUUGAAAUACUCGCAAAAGAGCAGGCCACACAAAAUUGAACCGAUACACCCCAGCCGCUCUAAUCGGCCUUCUCGUCAAAGGUAACCCCCCCCCCCAAAAAAAAAAAACACAUGGAAGCUCACUGCCUGACGACUGCUGGAAGACAACUUUUCCAUGAAUCGCCCACUAACGUCUGGCUUUUGAAUUACUUCAUGGACAUGUGUCCCUACUGCUGAAGACUCAGGUCAGGGUGCAAGCUGGCAGGCGGGUCGGUCAGUGAUAAAGAACGCCAGCCGUUCAUUUCAUGCCGUCAGAGUGAAAUGAGCAGUCGUCUUUAUUACAGUUAGGCGAGCGCCACAGACACAAGCUUUAUAGAUACUUCUUUAUUUGUUGAUGGCCAUCGGGACGUUAAGAGGAUUUCAACAUACACGAUGAAGUGUUUCAGAAACAACUUACCAACCCUACCUUUAACCCAGGAGCUGUUUAAGUGUCAUACAAAUAAUCUGAAUAGCUUUUCUGCCUUGAUGCAGAAAACUCAUCUUGUAUAAGCACAUUAAAUUUAGCGUUGCACACUGUGAAGGUCAGUGUAUUUCUAUGCAGGGGAUGGUUUAAGGGGGUUCUUUAGUAAUAAAAAGAUACUGUAUGUAUAUUAUUGCCACUGCUUUUCUUCGAGGAGCCAGAUAAUAAACUGUAUCUCAUGCUGAACUAUGCAACAAGAAAUAAGGCAUUAGUGUGCAAAUUAAAAGGGAUUUGGUAAAUUAGUUUCAUAACGUUUAAAUGAGCUGUCGAUUUGAGACAAAAGAGGAACAUAUUGGGAACCGCUGUUAUUCAUUUUCUUUUUGUGUCAGUAUACACUAGUGUACCAUUUAAGCAAUAACCUUAGUUUGUUGUGUUGCACCAUAUUCUCUUUGCUAUGAAGGAUGUGGUUGUCUGUCAUGGAGGGAGAUAUGCUGAAGAGAUGAUUGUGAAAACUGGGGAUGCACCAGUUGCCAUAAUUUCUACAUGCUGGUACUGUUCACUCUUGUAACCUAUUUAACCGGAUUUAAUAAUCACAUCAGGCCACAAGGCCAUUUAAACAGUGAUUAUGCUUUUUUUAUUGGCUUUUUUUGUGAUUGAAACACGUGUCCUCAGGGUUCCAGUUUAUGUAGCAUUGAAUAUUAUCACCCACUUAACCUUUGUCAUGUCAAUUAGAUUUGUCUUAGCAGAAAAAGCACAGAUUUGUGUACUAAAGGCUCCAGUAUCAACACCUUCAAGGUUCAGUGCUAAAGAUUAAGGUGACAGGGAUCUAUUGGCAGAAAUUGAACAUUAAUUAACCCUAGUGAUGUUUUUAUCAGUGUGUUUCAUCAAAAUUUUACGAUCGUUUCCUUAACCCUAGAAUGGGCCCUUUAUAUUUAAAUACUUUAUAUUUACAUCGGGAGCAGGUCGUCUGUAAGUCUGUUUUUUUUUAACAUUUUACAAACUACAAACUAAACACCUUUUGUUGCGUUCUUAUAACAACUGAAGGCCUUGAAGGGGAGGGUGAGGUGAGGGUUGUCCAGCUGCAACUUCACCACUAGAUGUCACUAUAUUCUACACACUGAACCUUCAGUGGAUUAUUGCUUAUUAGUUGAACAUUUGCUUUUUCUGCUGCGAUAUGUCAACACUCCACUGAAGAAAAGCACAUUGUGAAAACUCAGAUCAUUUUUAACAUUUCAGAUUUUACACACAACUUCCCUGUGUUUUUGUAUUGUUGCGUGCUGCAAAAGAAAAAGAACGGUUUUAUUUUGGGCAUUUUCAUAUGUGGUCGUGUGUUUGGAAGUGGGUUUUUAUGAAUCACAUUUUCAUUCUCACCUGGGUAAAAAGUAUCUAAACUCAAGCUCAGUAAUGUUUUUUUUCUCUAAUGCGAAAGCUGCUGAUAAAUGCUUCGUUCUCUACAGCCGACACCAAAAUAUUCAGCAAUCCACAUAUCCUGUAGUAACUUCUUAGACACUGGAGAAAAACAACUUGUUAAUUUGUCAUGUAAUAAAUGAUGCAAUGAAUGACAGAAACA